GAAUGCACUUUUCAAGUGUUUCUUUGCUUUACCCAUCUCUAUUGAUCCUUUUCCUUAAUUCGGUGUCGAGAAACUGCCUCCAAAGGCCCUGGUUACCAGGACACUCUGCUCACCUACCAUAUUUCUCUCACUUUCAUGUUUUCAGUUCACGUGUCCCUUACGCUCAUCGUGAGGAUGAACAUGGCAACAAAAUCAGUUUCCUUAACAUCCCUCCCAAAACCCUUUACCACAGCAUCUGUAAAGAACUUCAAAACACGUAGGUUGCUAUAAGCACAUCCUGUAACAUAAACACGGACUGGUGGUUUCCUAGUUUGCCACCUUUUUUGUUUGUUUGUUUUAACAGACAUAACCAUUUAGAGGACAAGCACACUUUUAUCUUUUAUGCGUAGCCGUGCAGCAGGCACAGCGACACAACCCAUACGCACUCAGCGCCAUCCCAGGUGAGCCAGGCCGUGGGAAAGCGGCCCCCUGCGGCACCUCCCGCCUCGUCCAGGGCGGCCCCGCGGGGUCGUUGCCCGGAGACGGCGACGCGUCCGCGCCGGGCCCGGGCCGGGCCGAGCAUGGCGCAGCCCGCCGGGCCGCAGGCCCCGCACGCCGCUUUCUUCGGGCCCGUGGCGCGGGGCAACCCGGUGGUGGACAGCUUCGAGGCCGAGCUGCGGCGCGUCCUGAGCUCCCUGCGGCGGCUGCGAGGCGCGGGGGAGGCCGAGCCGCCGCAGCACGACCUGCACCGCCACGGAGCAAAUACUUUGUUUGACAUUUGGAUCAAAUAUAAGCCACGACUACCAGAGGGAUAUUACAAUGAAAGACUCGUGAAAGUUGGUGAUACCCUUGCUCAGAUCAAAGAAUAUAAGUUGGCACUUCAGUGUUAUGAAAGAUACCUUCAGCAGUUCAUUUCUGUAAACCUUGAUGAUGUCAUGUUUGAUGUGCAGCACUUUAAAUCUGCCUUUUUUCCAAAUGGUGUCAGAGACAAAAAUGUAGCAAUUACGUUCCAUGCUUUGCAAGCAAGAAAUGUUUGCAUUUAUCAGAUGGUUUGCAGCAGAGACAGAAAUCUUCAGAAUGGAGAGUCCCUGCAGACUUGUCUCAAUGCCUUGACCUCAUUACAACUCACUAUGCAAGUGGCUCUACCUCAGGAGAAUUUGUGUUGGCUUAUCUACAAUGGUACUAUCCAUAUUUACACCAUAAGCCGACAUUUGAUGGUGAUGGGUCAUUCGGCUAAGGUCCUGGAAUACUUACUGUGGGCCAGUAUAUGUAUGGAAUCAUCCAUUCCACUCUUAUCUGUGCAUUAUUUGACGUGGAGAGCCACCCUAUAUACGGCAGUUUCUCAGUGUUAUUUUGAUUGUCAAGCUGGCAUUCAUGGAGAGGUAUUUGCUCGCCGUGGUUUGAUUAAGAUUGACGAACUGAAGCAAUUAGAAAAUAUCAGUUCUUCUCUGGAACAUACAGAGACAGAAAAGAUUUUUAGAGAGGCCACUCUAAAGAUGUCAGUAAUGAUUUUCAAGAGAGCAGUAUAUGAAUCCAGAAGAAAGUCGAACGGCUUUCGACGUGAGUCAAAAGCUAACCCGAGAAAGGCAGUGAAUCUGUCAUGGCCUCGCACCACUACCGAGCGGCUGCUGGUGGCAAUGUUUGAUGGUGCUGCAGCUCAGUUCCUCGCCAUCCUGGAAGCGCUGUCUGAUCGUAGCAGGAAUCUGUUGCCCCCUCAUCCUCCUGUUCCUGAUGAAGUGCAAAUUCGUGAUGUCACUUCUGAGCUUUUUUCUGCAGGCCUAGAAAUCCUCUCAGGUGGAGAGAGUAAUGGCACCAAUCACUUUGGUAUAGUUAAUCCAUCAUCUACUCUUCUGCAGUUGAUGCUAACAGGAGAAAAAGGGGUGUCUGGAGAGGCUGCAGUGGAAUUUGUAAAGUUAGCUUUCAGCUAUGAAGAAUGGAACGUGUUUUAUUCUGCUUUUGAAUUUGUUGAUAAUUUUCUUCAGGCUCAAGAUGACCCAACAUGGAAGAAAGCUGAAAUAGAACUCAAACUUCUUACAUUGAUGCAACCGAUAGUAUUCCCAGGAAAAUUUGAACGUAGUUUUUCUGUUAGUGAUGGUGGUAAUAGCAAAGAAGGCAGCACACAUCAGGGUUCUCUAAAGACACAGACAAUUAGAAAGGGAUCCUUAAAGCCUGGAGAUCCUUUUCGUGAUCUUAUGAUUUUGGCAACAACAGCAUUGUCCUAUGUCUCCACAUUUGAGCAGAAUGUCCAUCCUGACAAAGAAAUACUUGUUGAUGUAGCAAUGUGUUUGUGGCAGAAGUGUAAAACGGAACUUCAGCAAAUCCAAAAGAGUGGAAGUCACUGCUUAGAAUAUAUCCACAAACACCAAGCUUACCAAUGGGUUCAUAUACUCUGGAUAACGAAUGCAAUAAUUGAGAAAAGCAACAUAGCAGACACUAAUGUAAUGUUUGCAGAGAUAACUUUGUGUCUAGCUGCCAUACUGGAAAAUGUAGCUGAUUCUACAAAUGAAUCUAAGGACAAAGAAGGAGGAAGUGCUUCUCUUUUGCAAGACGAAGCUUGUGAUAUGCCUGAAAUACUGAUGAAAAUGCCUACAGAACAAUUACAAAUUGCUUAUGAAAUUCUUGAAAAAGCAAUUAAUGACAUGAACACAUCUCGGUUAAUGACCCUUUUAGCAGAUGGAAAGUCGAUAUUUGACAGCUGCUGUACAAAGGUGGACUCAAAUGAUCAGAAUUCGAAUUCUGUUUUGGGAUGUGGUGAUGAUAAACCAGGAACAGAUAAUGGUUUUAUGACAGAUUUACACUUGGAGCUCAUUCAGGCCCAACAUCGAGUGGCUGUGAAACUUCUUAAAAUUACACAAGGUGCUCAAGUUGUUGAGAGAAGUCCUAAGUCUAGUAAAUCUCAGGAGAAGAAUAUUGAAGAUUUCCAAUAUUUAUCAGAGGAACUUAUAAUGAAAAAAAUUAAAAGGAAUAAGCUAUCCAGAGCAAUCUUUUUGAUGCAAAAGGCUGCACAGAAGUUCCCUGACAACUUAACUACUACUUCCCAAAGGCAGCUACUGGAGAAAGCUCUAGCUUUAAUUGAGCAAGUUGAAGCUGAACAAAGUGCAUUGUAUCGCAGUCUCAAAGAAGCUACGAGCAGCAAGAAAAAAAGCAAGACUCCUCCUCCUCCUCUGUUACUUUCUAGAUCACAUUGUUCCAUGACAUUUAAACCAGCCCCGUUUGAUUCAGAUAUUCAGGUGUCAUGGUACUGUAUUUUGGGCUGUGUAGCAGGAGGAAGUAAUACAAAAGUAAGGUUAAAUAGCAAUAAACUUCAAAAUUCAGGAGAACAGAUACCGGCGGAUGGGAAAAUUCUCUUAGAAGUACAAGGGUUAGAGGCCAAUGAGAAGUACGUAUUUGCUGUGGCAGCAUAUUCUUCAGAUGGAAAACUUAUUGGGGAUGCCAUUGGGCAAAUGACUAAGCCAAUCCUUGCCUAUCCACCCCUUUCUGCUACUACUGUUCGAGCAUAUCUAAUUCAGGUAGCCUAUCAGACGGGCAACUUCAGAUUAGCCAGAGCAGCAUUUUCUCCAAUGUGGGAUUACUUUGUUUCCGAUUCUUCUCCACUGCCUCCCAAUGCGGCUGUAAUUUCUGCAAGUAGUAAUUUGACUAUAUCUAAAAAAAGGUUACAUUUUGAAGCUGUAUCUCAGACUUCUCCUAUUACCUUGCACCUCUUUUUGAGGAAUAUAUUUGCUGUUUCUGACAUUAAUGUCAUGGAAGGAGCACUCUUCUGUGAUUCCAUCUGUUCCAAUGAGAUAUUUUAUAAGGAGCAAGUAGCUAGAUUAGCAGAAUGUGAAAGAAUGACUGUGGCAAUUGAGCUUAGCAGCUGGUUGAACAAUCCAGGUUAUGCCCUGCAGUCUGUUGUACAAUGUUAUGGUCUCCUUGCCCCACUUAUUUAUCACAAGAUUUUUUCAGUGCCAGUAGUUCAGAUCCUCAUUAAAUGUUUGGCUAUUCUCCAAGAAAUUCCAAGUACUACUUUGCAAAGGAGACAGGAAGGAUGGUAUGAGAGUAUUCAGCAUAUGAUAGCUUGUGCUUCAUAUCAUACAGCAAAGGUACUACAUUCAUGGAAAGAGUAUGAACUUUCAGCAAUUAUCAUUAACUAUGGGAAAAAAUUGUUGAUCUCACCAGGAGUUUCACCUGGCCAGUCAGGAGAUGUGAAAACUGAAGAAACACGCACUGGCAAAGACGUAAAAAGACGUUCCUCAAGGGCAUCCCAUUUAGCUGCAAUGGCAAAAGCAGCAGAAAAUCUAAAUACUCUUGAAUCAAGUCUCCUCAAACUGACAGAACCAGGUCCUGGAACACAGCUUACAGGAAAGGAAUCUCUUUUGUUCCUCUACCCUGUAAUUUCAUGUUGGCCAUCAGAGCGUGCUUAUAGAGAAGUGCUUAAGUUCAAAGGCCAAACACGUUUCCUUGAGUUCUUUCUUCAACUUUUGCACAAAGCCCUGAAUGAAGAGAAGUUUCAGUGUGUUCUGGAGUGGGCAGAGAGUGUGGAAAAUACCUUGAAAAGGAGGAAUGAGAACUUGCUCGGUACUGAUGGAAUUUCAACACAAGCAAGAUCUCUCAGGUCAACACUCUCCCAGAGUGAGGGAGAAAGCACAGGUGCUGCAGGAGUUGAGAAAGGAAAGAAUACCUCACCUUCAAGGAAACCAAAGGCAUCCCCUUCAAAGAAACCUACAAAACAAGAUGUGCCUAAGAAAGGACCUCUCAGAGACUAUUUAAUGAAAAAUCCAGAUGCAAUGAAAUCUCCAGAAACACAAAAGAAAGGCAUGGAUAAAUUGAAGAAAUUAGCUCAUCAAACCUUAGUGAUGCUGCUGGGUAAAUAUGUAACUCGAAGUCACUUUUGUCAAAUGUGUCUUGAAGAGAUGCCCUGGAAGUCUCAGAUGAAUAUCUAUCUGGCAGUUGCACACUACCACCUAUUUAAAAAGACCCUGGAAGAGCAAUAUAACAUUGGAAUUAGUGGUUCACAUCAUCUGGACAGUUACAAUAUUUUGGAUCCUGAGAUAUUCUCAUUAAACAAUUCUGGCACUGUACUGGCAAGGGAAGCUGCAGAUGAUAACAUAGGAAAACCAACUCCUUCUCUACUUGAAAAGUCAGAAGAGACUGAAACCCAAACCUUUACAGGUAAAUCUCCUAAAACCAGAAAUAAACAGAGUCGAACUCCUCGAAGUCGAACAGCAAAGACUGAAAAACAGGACCAGUUUGCGUCAAAUACCCUUUUACUGAAGCAUUUUACAAGCAUCUUCUUGCAUUUGAAAAGAGCAGUGGUUCUUGCUCACCGUGGUGGCCACUGGACAUUGCUUCAAAAUGCUUGUCGAGAUCUUUGGAACUAUACUCAAGAAUUUCAAUUGAUUGCUAACCAGUCAAUUUCCCAAAUGGAUGCAUUUCCCAUCACCUGGGAUUUUCUUUGCAACACCAUCUGGUUGCCAUUUUAUUUUGCAUCAGACAUGAUCAUUGAUAUGAUAAUUGACCUACAAGCAAGCAGUUCUCUUAAGAUUGUGGAUCCCGAUGGAGACUUUUGCAUUCCCAGUUGUUUAGGAGGUAUUGCGGAUGAGAAUGGUGGUUCUAGUCUUCAUCCCCAGCCUCCCAUGGAUGAUGUGAACGUGGUUGACCUGAGAUGGAUAUGUAAUCUGAUUCUUAAAACAAUAGAAUUAUUAUAUCAAAUGAAGAAGUGGGAAGCACUGGUACACAUAGCUGUACAAUUUAACAUAUUUACACAUGAGAGGUUCACAGAACAAGUGAGUCCACUGCUGGUGUAUGCUCAGAGGCAGCUGCUGGAGAGGAUACAGCAGUUCAGUGGCUCAGACAGCCAUGAAUCUCAUUUCACAAAAUAUCUGUCUGAUGGUGCACAAAAGGUGAAACGCAGAUUUCUUUUUGGGCCGCUGACUCUGAAUAUGACAUGCAGAAACUACAUAGGGUACAAAUUACAGCUGCCUGUUGCUCGUUCUUCCAGUGAAGAGGUUUUUCCUGGAUGCUCUUUCAAUCCUCCAAUGAAUAAUGAUUCUACAGAUCACAAUCAAGCAAAAGCCCUAGUUUGUGUGCCUCUUGAUGUGAAUGAUACACUGAAAUGUUUUAAAGAAACUCUAGAAAAAUCUAAACAUCAAAGCAGAGCACUGAGACACAGCAGGAAACUACUUUCAUUAUUUCUUGCACACACACAAGAAAAUGCUGGAAGAGCAAUCAGCAGUCAUAUCUCUUCAAGCAGAAAGCUGAAAUUUAGCGUGGUAGAUGAAGUGAUAUUUCUACCGACACCGUGUGACCUUUCUCAAGAAAAAUAUAAUUUCUCCAGUAUGGUUGAAAGUAGACCAAUACCAAAGUCACACCUUUCAGUAAUUAUAUCUUCCUAUGAACAAACAAUAGGAAUCCUUGAAAUGAAUAACCAGAGAGACCUCAAGGUACAGGCUCUACAUGAACUUGGAAAUCUUCACUUUUAUGCCAGAAAUAAAAGAGCUGCUUUUAAAUACUGGUGUCAAUCCCUUGAUGAAACACUCGACAUUGCUGAUGCUCUUAACACCUGGCAAGAGUUAAGUUUUCCAAAAGAUGAUACAGACUGCUUUGCAGUUGGAAGAUCAACUGAUAUAAGUCAGAAAUUUCUUUCUCAGGCUGGAGCUUGGGGAUGUUUACAUGCAGCAGUCCUAGUGGCUAAGAUAGCUCAGUAUAUAACAACAUCAAAGAUAAGAUUAAGAACAAAAUACUGCUAUUUUUCUGCAAUACUUUUUAAGACCCUGUUUAGAGCUUCUCUUCCACAUCCAACAUCUGACUAUGACUUUGCACAAUAUGAAACAAAUAUUCUUAUUCCUGGUAUUGACCUGUUCUCUGAUCGCUACAGAGCUGAUAUCUCUACUGUAGUUGCAAGUCUGAAUUUUAUUAUGUUUGAGCUACAUUGUGCAAAACAAAAUUUAAUAAUUUUACCUCUGUUCACAUUAUACCAAUAUAUUGUAUCUGAGAUUUGUAAAGACCCAGCUAAAUGUAUUGAAGGAAGAAUUCUCAAGAUUAAAGUACUUACAGAUAUAGGAUUUUUUACGGAGGCCUUUCAUGAGCUGUCUUUGCUUAUUUCGGGAGAGAGAAUUCCAUGGAAAAUACCAGCAGGAUACAGAUAUACUGAACAAGUGCAGGCCUCACAGAAAUUUGAUUCCUCAAAAUCUCUCAUGACUGAUACAAAUUUGCAGGUACUGGAAGAUGCAUUUAAUUGCAGUCUGUCUUUAACAGUGGCGCCACUAUGCAACCAACAAAUUAUGAAUAAAUUAACCUUAGCCAAAAUGCAUCUCAUCAUUUGUCUUUCUGCCACAAUAAAUAAUAUACCUGAAAAAGUUGAAAAGAUUUUAUAUUCUGUUGACAAUACCAGCUUGCCAGAGCCAAGCAAAACUACAGCAUCAAAUGUAAAAGUUGAUGCUGAUCAGGAUUCAAGACAACAGGAACAAAGAGACAGAAUGGUGCAUCUUGUUGAUUGUAAAGAUGAAUUAAAUAUGGCCAUGCUGAAGGGGAUUUUAUUGACAGAAGCUGAAGAAACUCUUCACUAUCUUGUACAGGACAUACAGGAAAAAUAUGAUGGGGACAUAUCUCGGUAUUCUGUAGAAGAUUUAGAGGCUCUUAUUGUGGCCAAACUUGAACUUGCUUCUAUUUCUCAGCAAAGGCAUCAAGCACCUCUCAGUGUUGCUUUGGCUUUCUCUGCAAUUCGACUUCUCCAAGAUGCAAAAGUUUUAAGUGUGGACGUGGCACAUUUUCAAGAGGAAAAGGAUGAAAGGGCGUGUUUGGACUCCACCACAGAGGGUAUUUCACUCCCUCCCCGUGUAACAGCACAAGGGCACGUGAAUGUACAUUUGUGGCUGAGGUGUCGAGCAAUGUUAGUGACUGCACUCAUGACACAGAUACAUGGUGUUGGUGAUAUGAAAGGAAAUGAUGUGGCUGAGCGCAGAAGUGUGAUAAAAGAAGUAAUAUUAGAGGCAGAAGCCUUUGGUGAUAUUGAGACUCAGGCUGAAGUGAUGGUACAAGCUGCUAUUCUUGACCUGCAAGAAAAACGUCCUGUGGCAGACAUUAAACUUCUUUUGAAGAAUAUCAUCAGUUUACUCCAAGAGGACACAUUUAUUUCCCUGCCAGCUUCUUUGACUCUUGUGAAAAGCAUGCUUCUGCUGGCAGACAUACUGCCACUGCAAACAGCAGAGGACUCAGAACAUUGCUCUUCUGCAGUGGAACCAUUGAACUUGCUUGUUUUGGCACAUGAGCUUACCAUUAAAGCAAUUUUUGAUUGUGGUGAACCCAUUGAACGGCAAGGAAAAGACAGUACAUUGACUUGCCUGGUCUUACCCUCGAAGAAUAUCUACAUGCCACAUAUUAACUUGCUAGCCCUAGUCAAAAUGAAAAUUGGAUACACAUUGGCUGAAAAAGUAUCUUCAACAGCUGCAAGAUAUCCCUUGCAAUGGCUACGUGCUCUCAGACUUUUAGAAUCAGCAUUGAAUCUUUGCAGAGCAUCUGCAACAAAAAAAUUAGAUUUGGAAGCUGAAAUUCUUUUUCAGAUAGGUAAGCUAGAACGCCAGAUAUGUGAAGCAGGAAAUAACAAGUCCUCUCAAGCUGUUGAAACCCUGUUGGAAGCUAUUAAGCUCAGCCAGCAACAUGAUCACAAAUAUGAGUUAAUAAGACGGUCCUACCUUGAAAUAGCACUCUCAUAUUUCCAUUUUGCUGAAAAUAAUGACGUUGAAUCAGAGACAGAUAAUUCAGUGCCUUCCAAAUCAAGUACCUUUUCUGGAGAUCGGUCUUCUGAGGAGGCUAUGAAAUCAGAAGUCUACAAAGCACAAGCCUGGAUUGCCAUAAGAGCAGCUACACAGGUUGGUGAUGCUGUGCUUGGUUCUCAGCUGUUAACUGGAAUGAAGGGUGUUAAAGAACAGAACAUGAAGGAUGAAGUGCAACAAAAAAUCCCAGAAUUUGCUUCCAUGGAUCUUUUUUCUUCAUACAGAGAUUUCAUACCUGAUGGAUACAACGUUGUCUCUGAAAUUCCUGAAGUAUCUUCUGCUGAAAACAAAGAAAUCACAGAAGACCGUCCGAGUGAAAGUGAAGGAACAGAAAGUCUUGUCACCAAGGCCAGACAGAAGAAAGAUACAAUAAUAUGGGUUCUCAUGAUCCACUACUACAAUCAUCUGAAAAGAAUUUAUAACACAAACCUAUCUGGACCUGGCACACUUUCUGCAAGAGAUGGACACCUUGGUUUGAUUUCUGACACAGGAAUUGUUCUACGCAUAGCAGAAAUGCAUUCCUUCCUUGAAAAGAAUUUAUUUGAAUAUUCAUUGUGUUGUCUUGAGAAAUUUCCAGUAGAACUACAUGAUGUAGAAAUGCCACUCAGUAGUGCAACUGAUUCUUCAGAGAUGUCUCUUGGUGUUUCUGAAACUACAUCGGACAUGUCACAUGUCAGAGCAGCUUCUCCAGUUUCUGUCAUUGUGGAAUAUGAGAAGACAGAGAGUAGGGCAGCAGUUGCUUCAGAUAAGGAAAUUAACAUUCAGUGGUAUAUUCCUUCUGUGGCAAAGCCAUCAAACGAUACAGAAACUAAGGUUUUGUUGUUUUAUGCUUACAAUACAAACCCUAUCAAGAUUAGUGACAUCAGUGCAACGUCUAUGUUUUCAGGCCACAUGUGGAUUCCAUUGGCUAGAAUUAUUUCUUUAAGGGAGAAAUUGUCUGAUCUGAAGGAGCAAGUUGAAAUAUUGAUGCAAGGUUCUAAGAGCUUUUCAACUUCAGUAUGUACAAGUUUUCUUGAGCAAAAUGAAACUCUGAAAAUAAGUUCUUCAUAUAAACCCAAAAGAAGUGAUGCAAAAGUGCAUCUUGAUGAUAAAAUAGAAGAAAUUGCUAAAAGGUGUUUAUCUGAAGUCAAAGCACUGCUGUCUGUUGUUCCAGCCGUGUCCUCUCCAUUAACUGAGAUCCCAUUUGAUGUUACUUUGCAAACAAUAACAAAUUUGAAAGAUAUGUUUGAUCUUGCCAAUGGAUGUAUAAUAACUGAUGGAAGUCUUUUCGAUUGGAUCAUUUCUCUGCUUCACUAAAUGCUACUUUGCAAUAACUUAAUCAGUUACUAGCUGAAUGCUACAGACUUAGACUUAAGUUCUAGUAUUAAUGUAACAACUUCAUUAAUCACACCAGGAUUUGGCUCCUGUUAUGUUUUAUAAUUUUCACUUUUAGGUUAUUUCCAAUUAUUUAAGCAUUAGUAGUUUUUAAGAUAAAAAUAUUUUUAAGGAAUUUAAUAUUUUGUAAGUAGUUUCUUUAUAAGAGGAUUCUCUAGCUAUUCAAUAAUUUCUUAUUGUUUGGAAAAGCUGAAUAGAUUUGUAGCAUUCUAAUUCCUGCUAAUAGAUAUUCCUUUUCCCCCUGAAGUUGUAUUCUCAUCAGCAAUGUUAAGAUUUUCAAAAGUUGGUAUUAUUUCUGAAGCUGAGAAUUUUUGGGAGGGUUAAAAUGAUCACUGAGUUUGUUCUUUUAUUCAUGUGUUUGGAAACUAGCAUUUCAGGUUGUUGAGGGUGCAAGUGAUCACUCAGAUGUCUUCAUAAUUUCAAAGAAUUUUUUAAAAAAACCAAACAAACCCCCCCAACAAAUAACUCCCCCCCAAAAAGGCAGUACAAAGAAUAAAAUGCUACAAUAUUGAAUAUUUUUAUAUAAUUCUAAAAAGCUAAGGGAACCUUUCUGAAUGUUGCUGUAAAUAUUAUUUUAAAGUACUCAAGAAAUACAAAUGACUCCUAACAACAACCACCCGAGGCAAUAUGCUCCAGCACAUUCUCCAUCUCAAUGGGUGGAGCAUCUGAAGUGCUGCAGUGAUUGAGAUGGAGAAUUUGACAUGAACAAGUGAGUUAGCAGACCAGAGAGGGGCCAUGGCCCUUUGGUUUUGCUCACAUCCCAAAGCCAGGCACUCCUUUGUUACUUGUAUUGAUUUGUUUGCAACAAACAGCAAAAAACCCAGGACAUUUAGGCAGGAAUCCUCUGAGACUUGUCCUAUGAGUAGUUAUGGUUUUGUAUUUCCAGGAAAAUUCAGCAUUAAUUCCUGGGCUCAUUUCCUGUGAAAAAAUGCCAGUCCUUUUCACUUCACUUCCCUGUACUGUAGCCCAGUGAUAAAACUUUUUGAAAGCUUAUUAACUUUUUUGAGCUAUUUGGAAAUUGCAGAUUUACCUUGGCUUGUGCUUUUCAGAAAAAUGUUACCUGCUUGAGUUUCUUUUAGGGAGGAAGAGGGAGAGAGAGGUAAGAUUCUGACUAAUGUGUAUCCUAAAUGUGAUCAGUGCAGGAAGAAAGGGAAUAAAGUUCUCUCCUAUUUCUAUUCAUUCCUCUAAAUAAAGAAGACUGGACAAGAUAUGCAUUAUGUGUAGCUGUUUAAAAGUUGUGCUGUUUUUAAUUUUGUGUACACUUUUCUGGAAUGCUGUAGGUAGCAGGAAAAUUAGAAGGAUAAUGAUACAAUGAUGAAAAGAAAGAAAAAAGUGAGUAAUUGAUAGUGCAGUUAUUUUUGCAAGACCAUUUUAAAACUGAGUUAGUAUGAUUAUUUAACUCGACUGCCUAACAGCCAGUUUGGAGGAGAAACUCCUUAGCAUUAUUCUUUCAUUAAAAGAGUUUAUUAUUCUGCAGUUGUUCAAUAAGCAGGAAAGACAAAAAUUUGCAUUACUCAUUUUUCUUUUUACAAGGAACAAGUAGGAAAUUGCAGCUUUUAAAAACAAACAAACAAGGUGUUCUGUCUUUUGUUGUGCUUUGUACAAACUAAAAAACUAUUUUUUUUUUUUGUUUGGGGUCACCUUGAGGAUUAUAUUAGGACUUUUAUGCAGCUUAAUUAAUAUUUGUAAAACAUGCUAUAGCAUCAGGUGAAAAUGGAAGUGAAGUUCUAUUACAGACAAGGUGUUUUUUCAGUGCUGCCUGUCUGGACCUUGUUAUAUUUCCUAUACUUGAAAGAGAAAUAUUAAAUAAAAGCCUUUACCUAUUCAUUUAAAAUACAUUACUAUACUUACUUUCCCAUAAUACAUAUUUUCUAAGAGUUUUGUUUUAAAGAAAAAUUUUAUCCUUUAACACAGCACAAUGAAAUAAUAACAUUAAAAUGUUGACCUCACUGUAUCCAUAGCAGCAGAUUUUGUUCUCAUAAACACAAGAUAAAGUAUUCAAUGCAGGUUUUAGAAGAAACAUUGGAGAAAACAUUUUUCUUUUAGCAUAUAAUUUAACUCUUUUGUUAAAAUCUGCUUGCAUGGAGGGAAGCUCAUAUCUGAAUGUCUCCAGUAAUCACACAAUAAAAAAAGUACAAAAGCAAUUGCAAA